AGACAUUAAAGUUAUCAAAUGUGUUCCAAUGUCUCAGAGGCGAUACAAUUUUAUUUAAGAUAUUAUUUCAACCAUCACACAAAAAAUUAAAAAUAUUUAUACAAUUUUUGUGUAUAACUUAUAACAUUGUUAUUAUUAAUCAAACAUCAGAUAUUUUAGGUCAUGAUUGGAAUUGGAGUUAUUAUUCUCUUAUUUACUUUCAUUUACUUUUAUUGGUUAUCAUGGAUAAAUACAAAAUACAUGCGAAAAAUUCCAGGUCCUAAGCCAAAUAUAUUUUUUGGAAAUUUAUUGAUAUUUGCCUUCGUACCAUCUUACAUGUAUUUGGACAUUUUUAUGAGGUUUAUACAAGAAUAUGGCAAAUUAUUCAAAGUUUAUGAUGGACCAUUUAGUGUGGUCUUGGUUGCCACAGACGAAAAAUUCGUGGAACACAUAUUAAGUUCAACGGAAUAUAUUGAUAAAGCUGCUCAAUAUGAUUAUCUAAAAGGAUGGUUAGGCGAUGGAUUAUUAGUUAGUACAGGCACAAAAUGGAAACAGAGAAGACGUAUGCUUACCCCAGCUUUUCACUUUUCAAUUCUAGAAAACUUUAUUGACGUUUUCGACAGCGUAGGAGAUAUUUUUAUAAAAAAACUUCAAAGGGAAGUUGGUAAAAAUAGUGUCGAUAUAAGUGAACUUGUAUCUCUCUACACACUGGAUGUUAUAUGUGAGGCUGCCAUGGGGACAAAAUUGAAUGCGCAAACGGAUUCAACAUCUUCAUAUGUAAGAAGUACAAAAUCGAUGUGCUGCAUAAUUAUGAAUCGGAUUUUAUCUCCUUUAGAUCCUUCGUUGUAUCCUUUCACUUUAAACUAUUUUCUUGAAAAGAGAGCAUUAAAGGUACUUCACGCAUACACUGACAAUGUUAUCGAGAAAAAAAUAUGGGAGAAAACGCAAAAAAGAGAUAUUGUAAUUGAUAACAACACGAGCAUUGGCAUUAGGAAAAAACUGGCGUUUUUAGAUUUACUCUUAAAUUGUACAGUGGAUGGACAACCUUUAUCAAAGACCGACAUUAGGGAAGAAGUAGAUACUUUUAUGUUUGAGGGUCACGACACAACAUCGUCUUCCAUUAGUUUUGCAAUGUUUGCUAUGGCCAACAACCCCGAAGCUCAGCAAAAAGCAUUUAUGGAGCAAAAGGAAAUGUUUGGUGAUUUAAAAGAUGCUAAGCCCACUAUAUCUCAGUUGCACGAUAUGAAAUAUUUAGAGCUAGUCAUAAAAGAAACUCUAAGGCUAUAUCCUUCAGUCCCUGUAUUAGGGCGAAAAUUAACAGAAGAUAUGGAAUAUGAUGGGCAUCUACUUCAAAAGGGUUUGAAUAUUAUGUUGUCUACUUAUGCCAUGCAUCGGCUUGAAGAGAAUUUUCCAGAACCUCUCAAGUUUAUUCCAGAAAGGUUUGAAGAUGCACAAUUUACAAAUCCAUACAUUUAUACUCCGUUUAGUGCUGGUCCAAGAAAUUGCAUAGGUCAAAAAUUUGCAAUGUUGGAAAUAAAGAGUACCCUUUCCAAAAUUUUGAGAAAUUUUGAAUUAAAGCCGGCAUUCCCCAUUCAUGAACUGCAGCUAGUACCAGAGACUAUAUUAGUCUCCAAAAAUGGAAUUCGAAUAUCUAUUAUAGACAGAAACUAAUGAAUAAAUAUUACUUUUUGUAAAAAAUAUAAACUGUAUUUAAUAUAAGUUCCCAAAUAAAAAAAGAAUAAUAUA